AUGCCUCCCCAGUCCCCAAAGCCCAUCCUGAAAGAGGUGGUUGUGGCAGCAUGGCGGAACAACGCAGAGGAUUUGUGCGGUCUCGGAUGCCCAACGCCCUUCAACGAACAGGAUCCCAACCUGAUGUUUACGGUAUUGCUGGACGAGGACAAGAAACGCAUAUUCGCAAGAUUGGGCUUGUCUGUGAUGGUCAAAGGAGGGGGAAGCCGCAAGCAGAGAUGUUUUGAUUUCCUGGUGCCCCUUCACUCGUGUAAUGCCGACGCACCGUCACUCAGCUUUCACCCUAUGGACGUUUCUGAAGUCGGGGAUCAAUCCGUCAAAGCUGCCGUCAGUGAGGCACGAUUGACCAAGUCCGGUAAACUCAUCCGCGUCGAUUUUAUUCUUAGCCAGCAUGGCGUGGUAGUUACGCCCUGGAAAGAAAAAGCCCGUUUCUCAACCUGCUCCGACACUUCGCUCGAUCUUCUGUGCGGUCUUUUCUCCCUGUCCGAGUCUAGAGAAUUUGCCCUCUACAUGUGUCCAAGCGGCUACGCUGAAGCAGGCUUGACCAUUGUCCGCAACUUGUUACACAUCGGAGGGCUUCAAGAAUGGUCGCCAAAAACAACAGGCGUAUACGGAGGUCGGAACGUGAUGACGGUCGGCCGGGAGCAUAUCGAGAGUGGGCGGAAGCCUCGCAGCCGUGAGAAGGACCAAAGUGAGAAGAAUCGAAUCUCGGCUAGCGUUGCCGACUACAUCUCGACUUUGACCGAGGAGCUCCCACCGUAUGAUCCAUCCAAGACCCAUGUGCCACGAUCACCACCCCCCAGCAUUUUCCAUCGCGUUGCCUCUCCCUGCAACUCCCUCCUGGCCGAGGACUCGGUGCUGUCUGAUCCGGGACAUGCCCCUGAAAAAGGACAGCCGGAAGAUGUCACCGUUGUCGACGGCCCUUCAUGUCCGGCUCUGGGCAAGCGCAAACGUUCAGAUGGCGAACGGCAAGCAGUUCGACAAGCUCUCACUCGCCGCCUUGAGACGUGGCUAUGCCUUGCCUUCAGGGAAAACGACCGUGUGUACGAGCACAACAUCCUCAAACCGUUCUUUGACGAGACUCUCCCGACCUGCGUGGACAAGUGCGACACUGACAAGUUCAACGUGGGAAUUGCCUUCGCAACCGCUGUCCUCGCCUGUGACACUCGUGGCGGCGGCGAGCUGUAUUGGGAUCAUAAAGAGAAGUUUUUCGAGCUCGUGGACGACAUGCGAGCAUUAAUCCUGUGGUGCUUGCAACGGAGCGAGAAUAGAGACAUGCUCCCGUCGUGGCGCAAGCUUAUGGACAUGGGUGCGGCUGCCCGCACGCUGUUGCGAACAGGAGAGCGAGACGCGUAUGAUGCGAUCAAGGCUCAAAUCACCGCUGCAUCCGUCCUUAAAGGACCCAGAUGCUAG